AUGGACAUAUUUAAGGAAAUUCACAUAAAUAUACCAUUAGUUGAAGCUUUGAAGCAAAUGCCAAAUUAUGUGAAAUUCUUGAAGGAUGUGCUCACCAAUAGAAGAAAGUUUGAAGAAUUCAAGCUGGUACCAUUGAAUGAAGAGUGUAGUGCAAUAUUGAAAAACAAGAUCCCGCUAAAGGAGAAAGACCCCGGUUCAUUCACAAUUCCAAUAUCAAUAGGAGGGAAGAAGCUAGGUCGAGCAUUAUGUGAUUUGGGAUCAAGCAUUAAUCUAAUGCCGCUGUCUAUUUACAAAAAGUUAGGUAUUGGUGAAGCUAGACUAACUAUAGUCACUCUUCAACUAGCAGAUCGAUCUUUCACUCAUCCAGAAGAAAAAAUCGAAGAUAUCCUAAUUCAAGUGGACAAGUUCAUAUUUCCAGCUGAUUUUAUCAUUUUAGAUUAUGAAGCGGAUCAUGAUGUGCCAAUUAUCUUGGGGUGA